UAAAUUGUUUACGUCACAUGCUAAUGAGAAUACUAAAGCAAGGCGAAUCGAAAUUCUAUAAAAAAUGCAAUCUUUUCGGCAGCAAUUAGCUGAUAGCGGGUCUAAGGCUGAAACAAAUCCUGAGGCAACUUGGUGGUGUAAAUUAUUAGCUAGAGGAGUAUCAAUAGUAGCAGCAUUUAUCGCAUUCAUUCUUGGUAUUGGUGGGAUGAUUGGUGUACCUGGAAUAUGUACUGGAGCCGGUUUGCUACAAAUUUUAGCGGCAGCAAUAGUACUCAUGAUAGAGGCUCCCUGUUGUUUUCACUAUCUUGAAAUUACGAAACCCUUGGUUGGGUUCGCCGAAAGAAGAUCUUUCUUACAAAGGGGUAUUGCUUACGGAAUACUUUCAAUUCCACCUUUGGCUAUGUGCUUCUCAUUUCCUUGGACAGUUUGUGGUUCUGGUCUGAUCUUCGCUGGUGGGGUGCUAUAUGGUUUAAUGGGAUUGGGUAGAAAGGCUGAUAGAGAUGAAAUGAAAAUGAAAGCUACUGGUCAAGGCAUUGGUAAUGAAUUUGAAAAUUCGAAGGAUGCUUUAGUUACUCAUGAUCGGUCAGGAGCCGAAUAUGGUCAACCAUAA